AAGACUAAUUUUUCAUUAAAUUAUGCGGAUAGUGGGCCAUGAACGUACAAUCUAAGAGUCUAAGACCCUAACUAUUAAUAAUGGGCCAUUCAAUUUAACGGCUGCAAGAAACUAUCCAAAACCUGCUCCUUGGAUCUUCUGUUCUGGAGUUGUACUGUGUUGACUUUUGGUCUAGUAAUGUUCUAGCUUGAGAUGAUGAGAUCUACAAUCACUCAAUCACAGGUUAACUAAGCAAAAAUAACUAGGAAACACAAGGUAGUUCACCCUGCAUAAUCCAAAAUGCUGUUGAGUUCAUUUUGUGUCACAUGGCCAUAUUUGUGGUGUUGGGAUUCCACCAACUUGCAUCCAAUUCUAACCAUUCUAGUCACACUGAUCAGUGUGCUAUGCUUGCUAAGAUGGUUCAAGAAUUCAAGCAAUGAAGCCACCUUUUCAUCUCCUUUGCCUCCAGUUCCACUAGGCUUGCCACUUCUUGGGUACCUUCCCUUCCUAGGAACCAAUCCCCACCUCAAAUUUCACAAGCUUGCACAAGUUUAUGGUCCUAUCUACAAGCUCAUGUUGGGAACAAAAACAUUAAUUCAUUGUGGUUAGCUCACCCUCUCUGGUGAAAGAGAUAGUGUGUGACCAAGACACCGUGUUCACCAACCGUGACCCUCCCAUCUCUGUUGAUAGCGUCUUUGCCUCAUGGUCUGCGGUGGAAGAAGGCUUGCAAGAUAUUGGUGCGUGAGAUGCUCAGCAACACCAACAUCAGUAACUCUUUCUCCCAUAGAAAGGUGGAGGUUAUGAAAUCAAUUAAAGAUGUUUAUGAGAAGAAAAUAGGGUGUAAAAUAAGUGUUGGUGAAUUGGCCUUUCUAACAGCUACAAAUGCAAUAAGGAGUAUGAUUUGGGGUGAGACUUUGCAAGGAGAAGGGGAUGCUAUUGGGGCUAAGUUUAGAGAAUUUGUGUCAGAACUUAUGGUGUUACUAGGGAAGCCGAAUAUUUCGGAUCUUUACCCCGUGCUAGCCUGCUUAGAUUUGCAAGGAAUUGAGAGAAGAACAAGAAAUGUCUCCCACGGGAUUGAUAGGCUCUUUGAUUCUGCCAUCGAAAAGCGAAUGAAUGUGACAGGGAAGGGAGAAAGUAAGUCAAAGAAGAAAGAUGUCCUGCAAUAUCUGUUGGAGCUUACCAAGAGUGAUAGUGAUUCAGCAUCAAUGACCAUGAGCGAGAUCAAGGUCAUCUCAUAGAUAUAGUGCUGAGUGGAACCGAGACCACAUCAACAACAUUAGAAUGGGUGGUAGCAAGGUUGCUGCAGCAUCCUGAGGCAAUGAAGAGAGUUCAAGAGGAGUUGGAUGAGGUAGUAGGAUUGGACAAUUGUAUUGAAUUAG